AUGGAAUUUGAAAACCACAACUCCCAAGCCAAUUCGACUCCUUGCUUCCAAAAUCCAUUUCUCUUUACUCCUGAUCAAUCUUAACAUUUUUACAGUGUUCCCAAUAACACCAUGAACCCUUUCAACAACUAAUUUUAAUAAUUCUAACAACCCUAGUUUUGGAAUUAAGGAACGAAUUUGAUAGCACAAUAAAACCAAUUUAACCCUAAUCUUGUAUUUUAAUAGGCCCCAAUACAAAUGAAUACUUAAUAAUUUUUCUAACAACCUUAGGAACAAAAUGAAGAGGAUUAUGACUAAGAUUAUUAGCCUGAAGAAGAAGAAGAUUCCAGUUCAAGUGAUAGUGAAGGAUAGGAAGAAGACCUUUAGGGAGAAGAAUAGUUUGAUGAUCCAGACUUUGAUUUAUAAGCUUACUUAAAAGUCCGUGAUCAACUUUGAAAUAUUAAUUUUAUAUUAACAUCAUAUAAUCAUUUUUCACUU